AUGUCCCCCCGCAAGGCCAAGCGGGCUGGGGGCCAGUCCCCCGAGGGGGAGGCGGAGGUGGUGGCAGUGGCGGCAGCCCCCCCCCGGGCCUCCCCAGGCAUCCGCAAGCGCAAGGACUUUGUGGCGCAGCCGGGGGGCCGGAUGGAGGAGAGCCCCAACAUCUGCGUGGAGUGCGGGCAGAGCUUCGCCCAGACCUCUGGCCUCGCCAGCCACCGCCGCAGCCACGCGGCCGCCCAGCCCCACCGCUGCCCCGACUGCGGCAAGAGCUUCGGCGUCAGCUCCAGCCUCAGCCGCCACCGGCGCAUCCACACCGGCGAGAAGCCCUUCGCCUGCCCCGACUGCGGCAAGAGCUUCAGCGACAAGUCCAACCUCACCCAGCACCGCCGUGUCCACACCGGGGAGAAGCCCUACCGCUGCGGCGACUGCGGCAAGAGCUUCAGCCGCAGCUCCCACCGCAAGAAGCCCCACACCUGCGGCGAGUGCUGGCAGAGCUUCGGCCAGAAUGCCGACCUGGUGAAGCACAUGCGCAUCCACACCGGGGAGAAGCCCUUCCAGUGUGGCCACUGCGGGAAGCGCUUCAGCGUCAGCUCCAACCUCACCCGCCACCGGCGCAUCCACACCGGUGAGAAGCCCUACACCUGCGCCGACUGCGGCAACAGCUUUACCGACAAGUCCACCCUCACCCAGCACCGCCGUACCCACACCGGUGAGAAGCCCUAUGUCUGCGGUGUCUGCGGGAAAGGUUUCAGCCACAGCUCCCACCACAAGCGCCACGAGAAGAUCCAUCGUGGGGACGGGCCCCUCCUGGCCUUCCCGUGGGGCGACCCCAGCAUGUCCGACCAGAAGCCCAGGGUUGCCGCGGGCAAGAGCCCAGAGAAGAAGAAGCAGCCCCCGAAGAACAAACGCAAGCCGGAGAAGCCAAAGCGCAGCCUCCCCGAGCAGGAGGAGGAGGAGGAAGUGGCGGCAGCCCCCUCCCUGCCACCCGCCAAGGGCGAGCGGCCGAAUUUGUGCUCUGAGUGUGGGAAGAGCUUCCAGCACAGGUCGGACCUGGUGAACCACCAGCGCAUCCACACCAGCACCAAACCCUUCAUCUGCGGCUAUUGUGGCAAGAGCUUCCGCAUCAGCUUCAACUUCCUCCGCCACCAGCGCAUCCACACCGGCGAGGCUCCCUACGCCUGCAGCUACUGCAGCAAGAGCUUUGCCGACAAGUCCACCCUCACCCAGCACGAGCGCACCCACACCGGUGAGAAGCCCUACCACUGUGCCGACUGUGGCAAGAGCUUCCGCGUCAGCUCCAGCUUCGUCCGCCACCGGCGCAUCCACACCGGCGAGAAACCCUACCAUUGUGCCGCCUGCGGCAAGAGCUUCACUGACAAGUACACCCUCACCCAGCACCAACGCUCCCACACUGGCGAGAAGCCCUACAAGUGCCUCGACUGCGGGAAGAGCUUCAGUCGCAGCUCCAACCGCAAUCAGCACCUCCGCAACCGUCCCACCAAGGGCCGCAGGCCCUACACCUGCGGCCAGUGCUGGCAGAGCUUUGCCCAGAGCUCUGACCUGGUGAAGCACAUGCGCAUCCACACCGGGGAGAAGCCCUACGCCUGUCCCCACUGCGGGAAGCGCUUCAGCCUCAGCUCCAACCUCACCCGCCACCGGCGCAUCCACACCGGCGAGAAGCCCUACAUCUGCACCGACUGCGGCGAGAGCUUCAGCGACAUGUCCACCCUCACCCAGCACCGCCGCACCCACACCGGCGAGAAGCCCUACGUCUGCACCUACUGUGGCAAGAGCUUCAGCCGCAGCUCCCACCGCAAGCGCCACGAGCGGACCCACACCAGAGAGGCCCCUGACGCCCUCCUGCCCCUCUGGCCCUGCCCGACCCAGGGCUUAUAA